AUGGAACAAAAUCUACCAGUGAUGGCAAAGAGAGUAUGGAGCAUUGUCAGGGCUGCUCUGUUCAUGAUGAAAAAAGGCAUUUUAUCCAAGCCCAAGUUCAUGCUCCAUCUCAACGUGCGGCUCAAACGCGGCAAAGUCGCCAGCGCCAAAGCCAUUUCUCUCAGAAGCACUAACAGCUACUACCAGAACUUCUUCGCUUGCACACACGCGCCACCUACUCACGAAGACGACGACAUCGCCACCGUGAAGGCCGUCAUCGAGAUGCUUAACGACAACAGCAACGUAGGAGGUGCUGUUGUGGCUGCUUCCCCUAUGUUACCGGGUUUCGGACAAACGCCUUUGGUGAGACAGCUUAGGAUAACGGACUCUCCUUUCCCUUUAAGAGACGCCGGUGAAGGCAAUGGCACCGUCGAUAAGGCCGCCGAGGAAUUCAUUAAACGGUUUUACGAGGAUUUGAAGCUCCAAAAUUAA